CCUUAUGCUUGUCAGUAUUGUGAAAAGGCUUUUGCCAGAUUGGGUCAUCUUAAAAUUCAUGAACAGGUUCAUGCUGAUCAGUUGCCGUUUAAAUGUAGUUAUUGUAAUCGUUUAUUUCGACAUAAACGAAGUCGUGAUCGUCAUAUGAAACUACAUACUGGUAUCAAAAAAUUCAAGUGCACUGAAUGUACUUCUGCUUUUGCAAGGAGUGAUCACUUGAAAAGUCAUCUGAAAACUCACAAGAAUGACAAGAGCACAGUUUGUCCUGUCUGUCAUCGAACAUUCCAGAAUACUGCUGCAUUAACAUCACAUAUGUUGUCUCAGCACAAGCCAUCAAGCUCUUCUGGUGGUCACAAAUGUCUUCAGUGUCAAAAACAGUUCACGAACAUGCAUGAUCUUCAGACCCACAUACUCACCCACAUCAAAUCAGAGCAAUUUCAGUGUAGUUAUUGUGGAGAUAGCUUUACCAGUCAAGAUACCUUGGAUGUACACAUUGAUACCCAUCUAUCAGACAAGAAGAUCAAAUGUCCUAUUUGCUUUGAGGAACUUGAUAAUACUGAAGAACUUCUUCAACAUAUGGAAGUACAUAACGAGUCAAUUAGUCAUGAAGACAGCUUUGGAUCUAAUCAGCCAUCUUUUCCAGGAAGUGUUUUAGAUAAACGAGCUGCUGGAAAUGACCUUCUACCUGUUCCAGCUUUGCCCAAUGGCGAAUCUGGCUUAGAUAAUCUGGUUUGUCCAUAUUGCAUGAAUGGUGGAUUUGACACUUUGGAGAUUUUAGAGAUUCACAUGCAGAGUGUUCAUUCAGUCAAGUCCACCGAAAUCUAUACAUGUAACUACUGUAAUGCACCUUACCCAAAUCUGUACAGUUUGCAUUCUCAUAUGAACGUUGUUCACAGCAACCAACCUUGUCUGGACAUUAAAUACCCAUGUAGUCACUGUACUGAACAAUUCUCGAGCAUUGAUGCUCUCUACAAUCAUAAGAAAAAGCAUCAAAAUAAGAACAACAAAGAACAAGGACAAGAAAACCAUUGUGGACCAUGUGCCACUGUGUUUCCUGAUAGAAAGACUCUAGAAGAACAUAAGCGCAAUUUUCAUCCUUUGAAGUUGGAAAAUGGCUUAGGUGAUCAGAAGCUCUUGGAUGAAAAGCCAAUAAUGGGACCUUUCAAAGAUAUCAGAAAUGACAUGAAAAUCCCGAAUGACAGAAACAGUGAUAAAUCAGAAAACACAACCUGUGAUCAUUGUAAUGCCACUUUUAACGAUGCUCAUAACUACCAAUCUCAUAUGAAACUUCACAUGGACUCCUUCCUCUAUUCUUGUCAUCAAUGUAAACAGCAGUUUCCUACUGAGGAACAACUGGAAAGCCAUUCAGCAAUGCACUACUUGUCACUGACCACAGAAUAUGGUUGUACCAGUUGCAUGAAGCUGUUUACUAAACCUGAUGAACUGCAGAAACAUCUUUUGGAUAUCCAUGCUCAUCACUUGUACCGCUGCUCUCUUUGUAAGGAAAUCUUUGAUUCUAAGGUCAACAUUCAAGUUCACUUUGCUAUUAAACACAGUAAUGAGUGCAAAUUAUAUAAAUGUACCCAAUGCCAGAAUAUUUUUAGAUCAGAAAUGGAAUGGCAGGUUCAUGUUCGAGUUAAUCAUCUAAAGAUGGCCAAACCAUAUAGGUGCUUGUUCUGCAAAGAAAGUUUUUCAAACGAGAUGGAACUUCAAUGUCAUUUAACUACCCAUAGUAAACCAUUUAAAUGUCUUAUGUGUGAUGAAUCUUUCCACAUUGAGUAUAUGUUGGAUCAACACAUGCAGGCAACUCAUGGGGAAAUGGCUUUGAAGGCCCAAACAGCUGAAACACCAGUGAAAAGUGAGACUAAACAAUCACAAAAGGAUCCAGAACAUGCCAGUCCUAUUUUAAGUGCUACAUUGAACAGAGCCUGGGAACAUCCUUCACCUAGCAAGACAAGUCCUUCACAUCCAGCCUGGACAAUUCCUAAAACUAGUCCACCUCUCCAUAUCUGUAACAUUUGUGAUAUGAAAUUUAGUGAGAUGUCUCUUCUGCAUCUUCAUAAGCUCCAAGACCAUGGUUUGAAAACAUCUAAACAAGCCCAUUUAUCCAAAAAACCAACCUCAUCUUGUACCUUCUGUAGUCAAAUCUUCAAGAAUAAAAAUGAAUAUGAAAAACACAUGAAAAUUCACAUCAAUAAUGGUAAUCUGAAAUGCAACAUUUGUGAUGAAGUUUUCCCAACUCCGGAUAUUUUAGGUGAACACAAACUUCAACAUUGUAAAAUACAACAAGGCAAUGCUUGUGUGGUUUGUAAACUGGGCUUGAAAACAGAAGAACAAUUUUAUGUUCAUUCUCAAGAGCAUGGUUACCAAGGCUCACUUCUUCAAUGUAUAGUUUGUCGUCAGUCUCUUGCUUCAUUAAUGGAACUUCAAAUGCAUGGAAAGCAUCAUUUUCAAAACAAACAAAACUUCUCUACUUGUUGUGUGUGCUUAAAAAGUUUUGACUCAAAAGAGAAUUUGGUUUCCAAGCUCAACUCUACUGGAAGAACAUAUUAUGUCUGUAAACCAUGCUAUCAUGGAGAGAGUGCUGAAUACAAGUGUACCAAAUGCAACCAGAAAUUUUCAUCAAGUUCCCAGUUGGACAUCCACAUGCAGACUCAUCAACAACAAUCUUUUCAGUGUAUAAAAUGUCAACAAAGUUUCAAUUCGGAAUAUGAGAUUCAACUCCAUGUGGCUACCCAUAUGAUGCAGGAGGGAGUUAUUCAUGAAUGUAAACUCUGCUUAAAUAAAUUUGACUCUCCUGCUAAACUCCAAUGUCAUUUAAUAGAGCACACUUAUGAAAAUAACUCUGAAAUAAUUUGCUGUGUGUGUUUCAAAUUGUUUAGCUCUGCCUCAGAGAUGCAAGGACACGCUUUGGAACAUGGUGUCUCUGCAAGAAAAUAUCCCUGCAGAAAAUGUGAACAAAAGUUCUUCUUUAGUGCUGAAUUGGAAAAUCAUUGCUUGACUGAA